AUGGGCCCGCAAUCUGAUUUGAGUGUUGUUCUUGAUGGACUUCCAAGAGAUCUGCCUGCUUGUCAGUUCUCUCCUAUAGAAGAUAAUAAAGAUAUCAGUAAAAAUGAUCAAAAACAAGAUAAAAAAAUAAUUGACUUUCUUACUGAAAAAGCACAAAAAGAUUUUCCGCAAUCAGCUUAUCAACUCGGACAAUUAUUGUUUUUUGAGAAAGAUGCUUGCAAAAUGCUUCUUGAAAUAGUCGAAUUACCCGUUGGUGUUGAUUGCCCUAUUGGCCAGCGGGACUUAGUUCAUACGGCUAUGUACAACCUUGCUCGUGCUUAUUAUCAGGGUUUUGGUGUACCUCAAUCAGAUAAGGAGGCAAUUAGGUAA